AUGCCGGUCGCAACUGGGGAUAUCCUGGUCCUUACCAGGAGCGUGCCAGGCAUGAGGCCGGAAGCUCCCGUGGACGCUGCAAGGACCUCUCCUCCUCCUCACACAAGUCCGGUACCUUCGGGUGAUGGCAAAUCUCCAGCCUCCCCUCAGGGAGGAAACACAAGUUUGGGGCGCGCGGCCCCUGAACCAUCAAACCCCCGCGCGGAGGAGGACUUUACUUCCCCUCCAGAUGUUGAAGACACCGGCGCCAGUAACAUCGGCGCCGGCAGCGAAGAUGCCGAGCGGGCGCAACCUCUGGUUCCUCCCACUCCCAAGAAGAAGAAGAAAUCCACUGCUUUCCCCUCCAAGACUGUGCCGGAAACUCCCGCGCCAGCAAUCUCCUCGCCGGCCAAGGAAGUGCAGAAAACCCCUUCACCGGCGAAGGAUGCGUCGUCGCCGCCUCUGGCACCUCCUACCGGUGAACCAACUCCUGCCCCCGAGCCACCUCGCCUGGAAGGCGCAACCUUCACCGCGCAGCAACUUGCUGCAGUGGUUACCGUGGCGACUGCGCCCCCUUCCAGCUCGCAGUCCUUGGUGCUGCACGCCGGCCGCGCCGCUAUCGCUGCCGGCGAGAAGGCUUCAGCUCAGUUGGGCCGGAUCGACGAGCUCAGCCGCGGCGAGGCUGACUUGGGCCCGUUGUGUGAAUACGCGGAGAAAUGGAACCGGGCGGACCUGUCCGCCAUCACCCACGGUCUAGGCAAGGACAAGCUGCCGAUCGUGGACAACUCCGGCCCGCGGAGCACGGCGCAACACCUGAGCGGCUCAACUGCCCUUCCGGAAGCCUCGCUUGAGGACCUCACCGGCCAAAUCUCUGCGCUUAAAGCUGAGAAGGAGCAGCUCGCCCUCGAGCACCGCAAGGCUCUGGAUGCUCAGGAGAACAUUUCUGCUGAACUGAAGGACAAGCUCAUCCAAGCUGAACUUCAGCAUGCGCGGGAGCUCAAGGAGGCCCAGGCUGCCGGCGAGGCCAAGCUGGAUGAUGCGCUGAAGGACUUCAGCGAUGCUAGAGGGCAGCUGCAGAAGGAGCUGGAGGAGGAGACCAGGCUGCUGAAGGAGGCGCACGACCGGAAUGCCACCCUCGCGUCGAAUCAGGCCGAGUUUGACCAGUUGGUCAUCCAAACUGAUGAGCUGGCUCUCAAGCUUUUCCCGGACACCCAGCCACACGCACACAAGAGGGUGACGGAGCUUCGAGCUGAACAUGCUGUCAGUAACCCCCCGUGGAACGCAUACGAUCACCUUGUUGCGCUGCACGCCCGGGUCUCCCACAUGAAGGCUAUCGACCGGCACCUCGUCGACGUGCCGGAAGUGGCCAUGCAGGUCUUCAAGUUCCUAUGGCCCGGGGAGGCUGUACCGGCGAACCUGAGCCUUCUUGCUCAGCGCCUGAGAGAUGCCGGCGAAAGCUUGCGCGGUAGUGCGCCUACCAACACUGAUCCCGCCAAAACUGCCAAGCGCCAGGACCGCGCGUACCCGGUGGCUCAGUUCGCACGCACCAGCAUCUUCAUCCUCCUCCUGCUGAUAUUGAGGAUGAACUAUCCAACGAUGAGGAAGAAGAUGCUAGCGAGGACGAGACGGAGGCUCCUGAAGAAGGUGAUGCUCCUCCAGAGCAAGCCCCGGGAGCGCCGGAUGUGCCUGAAUCUGCCCCCGAGCCCCCUGUUGCCUAAGAUAUCUCAAUACAUGUGUGCCACACCUGUUUGUCUCAAGAAAAAACAAUUGCCGUAA